GAACUGUCAAAAACGACAACACACAUAUCAAUCAAUCGUGUGCAAAUAACAUCUUCGGACGCAUCAUUUUCGGCUGUUUUCAAUUGCAAUCCAGAUCACAAGUAAACGACGACAACGUCGAGCAACAAUCAAUAAAUAGAAAAUAACCAUCGGAUUGAUUGUAUCAAGUAGAAAAAACGACAAAGCCACACACUUUGCACAUUCUUUCAUUCAUCAUUCAAUUCAAUUUAAUAUCAUCAACACUUGAAUUCAUCUGGUUUUGUUGUUGUUUAAAAUUGAUUUGCAUUUGUGUGCGUUGUUGUGUUUCUCCCUAUGAGCUUCAAGUAAUAGAUGAACAAAACAUAUAUUAUUACAUUGAGAAAGUAUUGAAAAAGAAUAAAUUCUCGUGAAUCAAAUGGUUUUUGUUCCAUUUAAUUUUGCAUUUUUUGUUGUGGUUGCGGGCACUUGACUGAGAACAAAUAUACAAACAAAAUUUUUUUUUUUUUUUGACACAAGCGACUGAUAAAAAAUAAGCCCACAUUUUUAAUCAUGUAAUGAUUGCAUCAUUUACAUAUUCUGAGUAUCAACACUGCAUUUUGUCAUUGAUGAAUGAUAAACAUAUGAAAAAUCGCAUAAAAUUUGUUUGACGAAAAAACGGCAACACUUUGUUUUGUUCUGUUAUUGUAACGGGUAAGUAUAACUCUUUUUUCUGUGCUGUUGCUGUGUGUUUCGUUUAAUAAAUUCCAAUUUGAAAAAAAAAAAAUACAGAGAGAAUUUGAGAUCAUGUUUUUGAUAAGAAAACAAUUCCGUAUUUCCCAAAAUUGACGUACACUUUGAAAAUAAUGUUUCAAUAAUGUGCUGUUUCGAGUGUUUUUCUGCUGCUGCUGCUGCUGCUGCUGCCCAUGUGUGUGUUUUUUCUCGCCAAAAUGUUUCGACAAAUGAAUAUUUAUUGGAAUUGCUUGAGUGAUAAAAUGCUUCAAUUUAAAAUUGGAACGAUUCGUGUGGCGCUCAUCAACCAGUUUUGUGUUGUGUUUAGGAAGCAGGCGAACAAUUUCUAAUAUGAGUAUACCACGAGUAGUUUUUUGAGUUCAUUCCAUUGGAUUUAGUAGAAAAAAGAACCACGCGGCGUCGACUGAAUGAAGCGACAAAGAUACAAGUGGCUGAUGGCAAAUAUUUUGUGAAAUGGUUAUUGCUAUGACAAGUGUAACUCUGCCGCAAUCGUAAUCACUUUCAAUGCAAUGAGGCUGGAGCAAUGUGUGUUAGGAAGCAAAAAAGAGAUCUUCUUAUUUAUACCACACGAAACUUAUUUCUUCUACAAUGCAAACAGAAGUUGUGUUCAGCGACAGUAGCUUUGUAUUUAGCCCAAGCAAGCUUUGUGUUUAACAAUAUGAACAACGAAGUGAGAUGGCGCUUCCGCCGCAAAUAAAUGCCAAAUUCAUUGUGAUCUGUGCCGAAUAUAUACCAAACUCGCACCUCAUACAACGCAAAUCAGGAAACUUUGAUCAUGAAAUCAUUGCCGAUUUAUCCGAAUAUUAUCGUCUUUACGUGAGUCAUAAAUCCGGUCUAAGGCAAAGCAAUAAUUGUUCCAUCAGCCAUCAUUUAUACACGCAAAUCAUUCGCCAAUGUGAUUCGAUAAGUGAAUUAUUUUAUUGCUGCCUUGGAAUGGCAUACACUCACUUCACGAUCGCUAAAAAUGAACACAACACAAAAGAAAAAAGUAUUUGCGUUUCAUGGUCUACGUGACAAAUGCAAAGGAGUAAAUUGUAAAAGAGUUUGUGUCAGGACAAAACACAAGCCAUUAAAAACUUUGAUGUAUAUUGCUUUGAAAGUAGUCAAUUGAACCAAAAACCGAACAUCUCACGCAAAACGUGUGCAGCUCCAAAAACAACGUGGUUGUGAAGAGUAUUUUUGCACAUCUAUUGACUAUCAGUUAAAGCAAAAUUUAUUACACAUCAAGUUAAUGUCUUUGCAAAUGGAUUUUAAUCUUGUGUUGAUUAUUGAUAUACGAUACAACACACAUAAAGAUAUCAUCUAGUUCCAUACAACCAACUUCGAAUGAAGAAUCAGAAUUGGCAUCUUUUAACGGUUUUCAUUAAUUAUGCAUUGCGAAUAAAAUUCAAUGUGUAAAAACAAAGACAACAAUUGUAAAUUACCUCGUGUGUUGGUGAUGAAAUUGAGCAAUGAUGAUUUGAUUAGACUACACUAUAUACUCCAUAUAAAGGUCUACCGACACUUUAGUAUUCUCUCAGACGUGUCUUAGCCAUGGUACUGAAGUUAAACAAGAUUGUAGCAGGCAAACGGUCCAAUUUUUACAGUAGAUUAAUAAGAAACCUGGUGAAUUGUGUUUCCUGAUAAAUCGAUCCAUUGAUAGUACCGAGUAUUGUGUAACGAAUAAAUAUUUAACGAUAAUAAUUAGAAUUGCGGUGGAAGAAAAAAAAGAAGUACAUAAAUUUAAACUGAAACAAAAAGUUCCAAGUACUUUAUUCUCACGCCUUUUUCCAUCCAUAAAUCAAGUGACAAACCCAUUGUUUUAUGAUAUGUAAGUUAGCUUGUGAAUGAAUGCGGAACAGUGAUAACAGCAAAAACAAAUGAAACUGAAAACCGAGCAAAACAAAAACAAAUUCCGUUUUUGACAACACAAAGUUUUCCGUUGAUUGAAGUCCGUGGGCAUUUGUUCUUCUUCUACACGUCAGUCAAGCGAUUUCAAAACCAUUUUAUUGAUCUAAUUGCAAUCGAAAGUCGCGAGUGGUGUCGAUCACACUCGCAAAUAGAACAAUGAUUCAGGGGUACGGCCCAGUAACACAAGCACUUUUAGGCACACUUUUAACAUGGGGUCUAACGGCGUUUGGCUCUGCCAUGGUGAUAUUUCUACGUGGUAACCAGCGUAAAUCGUUGGAUAUUGCGCUCGGUUUUGCGGCUGGCGUGAUGAUUGCCGCUUCGUUUUGGUCGUUGUUAGCUCCAGCCAUUGAACUUGCCGUCAAAUCACAAACGUAUGGAGCAAAUGGCGAAUACGCAUUCAUACCCGUAGCCGGUGGAUUUCUAUUAGGCUCUAUUUUUGUAUUUGCAACCGACAAAGUUAUUUCAUAUUUAGGAAUUAAUAGCCCACACAUGAUGAUUGCACUCACGCAUACAAAUAAGGACAAAGCUGAUAUCGCACUAGACGAUGCCGAGAAUAAUGCACACUUUGCCAAGAAGACACAAUAUGUUCGCACAAUAGAUGAUCAAUGCACAACGAUAGGUUUGGAUAGUUUUACCGACUGCUUGAAUCAACAGCAUUCCAAUUUGGUGACCUCACGUCGACGCACUGUGAAGAGUUCAUCGGAGAGUCAUAACAGCGAAAUCUAUACGGCAAGUCAGCAAGCGAUCAACCAAGCGAGCGCAUUGUCACAAUGGAAACGAAUUAUGCUACUGGUCAUUGCCAUUACGGUGCACAAUAUCCCCGAAGGAUUAGCGGUUGGAGUGAGCUUUGGUGCUAUUGGAAAUACUGAUUCGGCUACAUUUGAGGCCGCUCGAAAUUUAGCCAUUGGAAUUGGUAUACAAAAUUUCCCAGAGGGAUUGGCUGUGAGUUUGCCGUUACAUGCAGCUGGAUUUAGCAUGUGCCGUGCAUUUUGGUAUGGUCAACUAUCUGGCAUGGUUGAGCCAAUAUUCGGUAUACUUGGCGCUGUGGCGGUGACAGUUGCAUCAACUAUUCUGCCGUAUGCAUUGUCAUUUGCAGCCGGUGCCAUGAUUUAUAUUGUUGCGGACGAUAUCCUCCCCGAAGCACAUACAAGUGGAAAUGGAUUGCUAGCGACCUGGGGUACAGUUGUCGGAUUUAUUGUCAUGAUGUGCCUUGAUGUAGGCUUGGGAUAAUAAAAACACCAAUUUUUAUCAAAAUAGACAUCGUUCCAAUAUGUUCGGAAUAUAUGUAUUUCUGUGCAAGAACAAAAACAAAACUUAUGCAUUCGCUGCAUAUAAAAUUCAGUUUGAAAAGAAAAAAUUAAAAUGAAAAUAAUACAAAAAUCGACAUUAGGAUCAUUGUUAAUUUCUAUUUUGUAGCUAGUUCAAAAAAAUGUAAUUGUUGACGAAAAGAAAGAGAUAUGUCAUAAUCGUACUUAGUUUUCUUUGUGUUUUCUUCAAUCAAUGUAACAUAUUCCAGACGAAUGAGAUCACUUAUUAUUGUUUAUAAGAACCUCACUUCAAUUUGAAGAAUUGAAAAAAAAGCAACAGGAAAUAAAAACAAGAUUAAUAUUGUAAUAUAGCGUAAUAGUUGAGAAAAAAAGGGAGAGAAAAUAAAAUAUAAUUUUUUUCA